AUGGGCCGUGGGGCGAGGGAGACGGUGCUGGGCACCUUGGGGAAGGCGACGAUAUUGCGGAUCCCCCCUAAGCUCCAGGACCUCACCCUGACCUUCAAGGUGGCUGUCUGGAAGCGGGACACGGAGGACCCACAGAAGAAGCUCAUCCUGCUCAAGUACUCGGAUGGCAACUACACCAACUACAUGGAGGAACGGACUCGCUUCCAAAAGAUGGACUUCUCCCUGGAGAUCCUGAACACCAGCCGGGAGGACAGGCAGCUCUACGAGUACAUCGUCACCAAGGGGUCGGAGGAGGAAGUCUGGCAGAUACAGCUGGAGGUGUACGAGCCGGUGUCCGAUCCCAGCAUCCAGAUCCUUGGCUGGUCGCUGGCCAAUGGCAGCUGCACCUUCACCCUCAACUGCACAGCCGAGCGAGGGGACAACGUCUCCUACAGCUGGGCCAGCUGGGACGCCAGCACCUCGGGGCUCUGCUCCCACAACGGCAGCGUCCUGCACGUCUCCUACUCCCCGCAGCACACGAGCAUUGCCUGCGCCUGCACGGCCACCAACCCCGUCAGCAGCCACCUCAGGACGAGCACUUUUGGUGAAGUCAGCAGCCACGUCGUCACCUUCAACUCCUCCGAGUGCAGCUACGAGCAAGGGGGCAGCACCGGGCUGAGGACGGAGCAUCUCGUGCUGGUGGUGGUCGUGCCCAUUGCUGCUGUCCUGGUGCUCACCGGGGUCUUCGUGGCCACCCAUUUGGCCGUGCCCAUUGCCGGCCGGGAGCAGCAGCCUUCGCCGCUCGCCGAGGACAGCGCGGUGCACACCAUCUACUCCCAAGUGCAGCGGGUGGAGGUGAGCCACAACCAGCACGGCCUCGUGUGCGCCGGCGACGGGAAAGAGGUGACCAGUGCCGUGGGCCGGUCCGUCACCUUCCACCUCCGGAGCCCAGGGGGAAACGCCGCUGCCUGGAGCUUUCGCGACGAGAUCAUAGCGACCGUGAAGUUCGGCAGUCCUCCCGAAGCCGUGUUUUUCGACGACAGCUACAAGUCGCGCUUGGCCUUCCCCGAGAACGGCAACGCGCUCACCAUCGUCCAGCUGAGGGUGGGCGAUGCCGGCACCUACACCGCAAAGGUCGCAGGGGUGAAAAUCACCUUCACCUUACACGUCUACAGCUCCAGCAGGCAGGCUGGAAUCGUGGCCGCUUCGGUGAUCGGAGCCGGAGUGCUCGUAGCAGUGAUUAUUUUCGCGAUCUACUCCAAGUCCAGAGUCUUUUGCUGGAAAACCUCGUGCCAGCUCACCAAGAAGUAG